CCCAAAAAAUUCCAUCGAUUUCCUUCAUACUCCUCUCCCUCUACAGCAGCUGCGACGACGACUCCUCUCUCUCUCUCUCUCUCUCUCUCUCUCUCUCUCUCACAGUCGCUCACCCCCUUCUCGUGACCCCAUUGUCUCCCGCUUUCAAUCACCAACAUUUUCUCUACUCAAUCCUAUUCCCCCAUCAAUAACCACCACUAAUUAAGUCCACCUUCCACUGGUAAACACCAUUGGCCCCCACGCUAAAGAAACCCACAGGCUGUAGUGUUUUUUGUAUUCUUAUUUCUCUGUUCUGGUUAAGAUGGCAACUCCUGGGCAGCGAGGAAAGAUGGUGAAGAGGGUUAAGAGGGUGAGGAAUCCUGCGUCGCCAGCACCUAGGUUAGAGGGGGGAGGGAGGUCGCUCUCCGAUCAAAAGCAGAGGGUUCUUCGUUGUCGUUUGGAGACCUUCAAGCACCUGCGAUCCUCCUCUCUAGACGAAAUCGUCCACCAACUUCGCAAUAAUUACCGAGACUACCACCGCAUCAAGCUUCAGUCUUUCAACAAGUUCGUCCAGCAAACCCUAGACUCGCCUUCCUUUAAGCAAUCGAAAACCCUAAUCCAUGUCAGUGACUUAGAAGAAGAAGAAGAAGAAGAAGAAGAAGAAGAAGAAGAAGACGGCCAAAGCAAUUCCCAGAGAAGGCAGAAGCGUGCUGCCAGUAAGAGCGAGGAUAAAUUCCAGCGAAUGGAGUCUGCCCACCUCAGAAGGAUUCGUGAAAGGAAUGGUGACCGUCCAUCUACAUCUUCUUCUUCUUCGUCUUCUUCGUCUUCUUCUGAUGAUGAUGCUGAUGAAGAUGGGUCUCUGUCGAUGUCGGAGGACACAAUAUACAGCGAGAAAGUGGAGCCGGAGUUUGAUGUGAUGAAAUCGAGUCUCCGAGCAUCGUAUAUGGAGUCCAACAGCGCCAUGAAGCCCAAGGCAGCCGAGGAUCAGAAGGAGAAGAAUGUAGAAAUGGAGCUUCCUGGUCGCGAAGAAGUUGAGUUAAUGGGCGGAAAUGGAGGGCCAAGGCGGCCAAAGACAUUGCAAGCAGCUGAAGCCAAAGGCUCGGUUACAGGGGUUGAGGUGAAGGGAAGUGAGGGGCCGAGGUUUAGUGACUUAGGUGGGAUGGAGAAGGUGAUAGAGGAGCUGAAGAUGGAGGUGAUUGUGCCGCUUCGCCAUCCGGAGCUGCCUCGGUGGCUCGGAGUUAGGCCAAUGUCUGGGAUUUUGUUGUAUGGCCCGCCCGGGUGUGGCAAGACCAAAUUGGCUCAUGCCAUUGCCAAUGAAACCGGCAUUCCCUUUUAUAAAAUUUCUGCCACUGAAAUUGUCUCUGGUGUCUCAGGUGCAUCUGAAGAAAAUAUAAGAGAGCUUUUUUCUAAAGCAUUUAGAACUGCCCCUUCAAUUGUAUUUAUUGAUGAAAUUGAUGCAAUUGCUUCGAAAAGAGAAAGUUUGCAACGAGAAAUGGAGAGGCGAAUUGUGACACAACUAAUGACUUGCAUGGAUGAAUCUCAUAGGCUUGUACAACCGGCUGAUGCAAAUUCGGAUUCGCAAAGUUCCGAUAACAAGUCUGGCUAUGUUCUUGUUAUUGGAGCUACCAAUAGGCCUGAUGCUGUUGACCAUGCUCUGAGAAGGCCAGGGAGAUUUGACCGUGAGAUUGUUUUAGGUGUUCCAGAUGAAAAUGCGAGGCUUCAGAUUCUUUCUGUGCUUACACGCAAUCUGAGACUUGAAGGUUCUUUUGAUCUUCUUAAAAUAGCCAGGUCUACACCAGGGUUUGUGGGGGCUGAUUUGGCAGCCCUGGCUGACAGGGCUGGUAACAUUGCCAUGAAAAGGAUAAUACACAAGAGGAAGACUUAUAUGUCCAUAGAUUCUAUGAAUGAGGAGUGCAAUGAAGAUUGGUGGAGGCAACCAUGGACGCCUGAAGAAAUGGAAAAGCUUACUAUCAGUAUGGCUGAUUUUGAGGAAGCAGUUCAAGUGGUUCAGCCUUCAUAAAAAAGAGAAGGCUUCUCUGCAAUUCCUAAUGUAAAAUGGGACGACGUUGGUGGGUUAGAUCUUUUAAGACAGGAAUUUGAUCGUUAUAUAGUUAGGCGUGUUAAAUAUCCUGAGAACUAUGAGGAAUUUGGAGUAGAUUUAGAGACAGGAUUUUUGCUCUAUGGGCCUCCAGGAUGUGGUAAAACACUGAUAGCGAAGGCCGUUGCUAAUGAAGCGGGAGCCAAUUUCAUUCACAUUAAGGGCCCUGAACUUCUGAAUAAAUAUGUUGGAGAAAGUGAGUUGGCAGUUAGGACAUUGUUUAGUCGCGCAAGGACAUGCUCACCGUGCAUACUUUUCUUUGAUGAGGUGCCCUGACAUGGAAAAAAAUUCAUGGAAGAAGUGUCCUACAAAUCAUAGCAUUUAAAAGUUUUUCCCCUCACUUACUGACAGGUGGAUGCUUUAACAACUAAGCGGGGGAAAGAAGGAGGAUGGGUUGUUGAACGGCUAUUGAACCAGUUACUUAUAGAGUUAGAUGGUGCUGAGCAGCGGCGGGGUGUAUUUGUUAUUGGUGCCACUAAUAGACCCGACGUCAUGGACCGUGCUGUUUUGCGGCCCGGAAGGUUUGGUAAACUUAUCUAUGUUGCCCCACCCACUACAGACGAGCGUGGUUUAAUAUUAAAAGCCCUUGCAAGGAAGAAGCCUAUAGAUGCCAGCGUAGAUCUGAGUGAGAUUGGACAAAGGGGAACUUGUGAAAAUUUUAGUGGAGCUGAUCUUGCUGCACUGAUGAAUGAAGCUGCUAUGGCUGCUCUUGAAGAGAAACUGACAUCACCUGAGAGGAGUUCAGAUGCAUCUCCAUGGACUAUCAAAGACACUCACUUUGAGCAAGCAUUGGCUAAAAUUGCACCAUCUGUAACAGACAAGCAAAUGCAAUACUACCAGAAAUUUGGGGAGAGCCUCAAAGCACCAAGAAACAAAGCCUAAGCCACAACAAGCGUCCCAUUGAAGAGUGUACGUUGUAAAUGUCUGUAGAGCAAACAACAGAAAGAAUGUGAGAGGGAAGCAGAUCCGUUGUAUUGUAUUUAUUUUUAUAAUUAUAUUAGUUUGGUGCCUCGUAAAUUUACUUGGUACUUAAAUUGGGAAAAGAAAUUUUGAGGAGUUUAAGGCCUGAGAUUCUACCGUGAAGAAUAUUAGAGCAGUGGUUUGCGGAGUAGACGUUUUCUUUUGGCCUGAAGGUGUUGUAGACAUUAGUGCAUAUUGCACUGCCAAUUUUGAUAAAAUAGAGUUUAUCAAUUUAUAUUCAAAA